AUGGAACCUCGAGCCCGAGCUGCCCGAUUAAAAGGUCAGCUCAAUUUUCCUGAAGACUUAAAGCAACUCCUCCACGCAUUCGGCGCUCCCUCCCCCCCCGGCUCCCCUCCGGACCAAGUACCAGAACCCUACCCGGAAACUCUCCGCGUCCUCGACGAGAUCCUCACCGACUUCAUCAUCGAAAUUUGCCAUACCGCCGUCGCGGUGGCGUCCUACUCCGGCCGACAGAAAUUGAAAGUCGAUGAUUUCCGAUUCGUGAUGAGGAAGGACCCGAUCAAGUUGGGUAGGAUGCAGCAGAUGUAUAUGACGGGAAAGGAUAUCAGUAAGGAUCGAAAGGCGUUUGAUGCGAUUGGGAUGGGUGGGGCGGGCGCUGCGGGAGGCAAGGUGGCGGUCGGGGCUUUGGUGGUUUUUGCUGAGAUGGGGGGUGAGGAGGGGACGGGUAGAGGGAAGGGCAGGGGCAGAGGCAGGAAGAGGAAGGUUGUCGAUCAGCCUGAUGGUGCGGGGGAUGGUGAUGGAGCUGGGGAGGAGGGGACGGCGGGCAAGAGGGCGAGGAGUGAUGCGGGAUGA